AUGCCCCAAUAUGCUAAGUUCCUCAAAGACAUCAUCAUGAACAAGAGGAGUUGGGAGAAAAAUGACACUAUCUUUCUAAUGGAAAGUUGUAGCACCAUCAGACAAAGUGAUAUGCCAACAAAACUAAAAGAUCCAGGGAGCUUUAGUAUUUCUUGUAAUAUUGGCAAUAUGAACUCUUUUAAUUGCCUGUGCGAUUUGGGUGCUAGCAUUAAUUUGAUGCCUUUGUUUCUUUUUAGGUCCUUGUUUUGUGAUCAACCGGUGAAGCCCACCUCGAUGGCAUUACAACUUGUCGAUCACUCUCUCAAGAAGUCGUAUGGAUUAGUUCAUGAAUACCGAUCGGGCAUGCUGGAAAGCUUACUUUGA